GCCCCCCCCCAAACCCCCCCAAACUCGGGGGUCGCGCCCCCUCCCCACCAUGGCCGACCCCAUCAUGGACCUCUUUGACGACCCCAACCUCUUCGGGGGGCUGGACCCCCUCCCCCCCGAGGACCUGGUGGCCCCCCCGCCCGCCCCUCCCCCCAGCGACCCCCUGGCCGAAGCCUUGGGGCUCUCGGGGGCCCUGGACCCCCCCCCCGGGACCCCCGGACCCCCCGCCCCUGAGGCCGAGGUGCUGAGUCAGGGCAAUCCCUUCAUGGGGGUCUCCGCCCCUCCCCCCGCCCCCACAGCGGCGGCGGCGGGACCCCCCCCCAAAAUCGUCAUCCUCAAAGCCCCGCCCCCCGGCGGCCCCGCCCCGGCCCCGCCCAACGGCGGCAAAGUCACCUUGGCCAAGGUGCUGGGGGCGGCCCCGCCCCAAAUCCGGCCGGGCGUGGCCACGGCGGCGGGGGGCGUGGCCAAAGGGGGCGUGGCGGCGGCGGGGGGCGUGGCGGCGGCGGCGGGGGGGCGGCAGGUGAAGCAGCUGCUGCUGCAGCCCCUGAAGGCGGCGGCGGGGGGCGCACCGGGACCCCCCCUGAAACCCGGCCUGAGCCUGGGGCCCGCCCAGGGCGAGUCCAAGCGCAUCACGCUGGUCCUGCAGCAGAGCCCGGCCCCGGCGCCCCCCCCGGGCCAGCGCCACGUCGUCCUGGGCACCUUGCCCGGCAAGCUCCUCCUCCAGGGCGGGGCCGCGGCCACGCCCGGCGCUCCGGCCAAGGCCACGCCCGGCGCCCCGGCCAAGGUGGUGACCAUCCAGCUGCAGGUGCAGCCUCCGGCCGCCGCCGGCCAGGCCGGGCAGCCGCAGAAGAUCCAGCUGAUCCAGCAGGCCGGGGCGGGGCCCGUGGGCGUGGCCCAGGUGCCGCAGGUGGUGGGCGGGGCCGGCCAGAGGCUGACCGUGCCCCUCAAGGUGGUGCUGCAGCCGCAGGCCGGCUCCUCCUCGGGCACCUCCUCCAGCGGCCUCUCGGUGGUCAAAGUCCUGAGCGGCGCCGAGAUGACCGCGAUGGCCGGCGCCGGCGGCGCGCCGUCGCCGCGGGGCGGCUCGGACGAGAGCCGGCGGCUGGAGCACCAGAAGAAGCAGGAGAAGGCCAACCGCAUCGUGGCCGAGGCCAUCGCGCGCGCCCGCGCCCGCGGCGAGCAGAACAUCCCGCGGGUGCUCAACGAGGACGAGCUGCCCAGCGUCCGGCCCGAGGACGAGAGCGACCGCAAGCGGCGGCGCAAGGACAGGGGCGCGGCCAAGGAGGAGCGGCCGCGGCGCGGCAAGGGGCAGGGCGGCGGCAAGAGCAAGGCCAGGGGCAAGGCCAGCACCAUCACCCCCGUGGUGGGUAAGAAGCGCAAGCGCAACGCCAGCUCGGACAACUCGGACUCGGAGGCGCUGCCGGCGCCGUCCCCGCGCCACGACGACGACGCCAGCGUGCAGAAGCGGCGCUCCAACCGGCAGGUGAAGCGGAAGAAGUACACGGAGGACCUGGACAUCAAGCUGACGGACGACGAGGAGGACGAGGAGCUGGACGUGACGGGGCCGGCGCGCCCCGAGCAGGAGCCGCCCCCGGCGCCGCCCGCGCUGCCGCCGGCCGAGCCCGAGGGCGCCGACAGCGCCCUGCCCUCCAUGCAGUUCUUCGUGGAGAACCCGAGCGAGGAGGACGCGGCCAUCGUGGACAAGGUGCUCUCCAUGCGCCUGGUCAAGAAGGAGCUGCCCUCGGGACAGGUGGUGGAGGCCGAGGAGUUCUUCGUCAAGUACAAGAACUACUCGUACCUGCACUGCGAGUGGGCGACGAUCGCGCAGCUGGAGAAGGACAAGAGGAUCCACCAGAAACUGAAACGCUUCAAGACCAAGAUGAGCCAGAUGCGGCAUUUCUUCCACGAGGACGAGGAGCCCUUCAACCCCGACUACGUGGAGGUGGAUCGGAUCCUGGACGAGUCGCACAGCGUCGACAAGGACAACGGCGAGCCCGUGGUGUAUUACCUGGUGAAGUGGUGCUCGCUGCCCUACGAGGACAGCACCUGGGAGCUGCAGGAGGACGUGGACGAGGCCAAGAUCGCCGAGUUCAAGCGGAUCCAGGCGCGGCACCCCGAGCUCAAGAGACAGCCCCGCCCCCAGGCCGGCGCCUGGAAGAAGCUGGAGGCGUCGCACGAGUACAAGAACCACAACCAGCUGCGGGAGUACCAGCUGGAGGGGGUCAACUGGCUGCUCUUCAACUGGUACAACAGGCAGAACUGCAUCCUGGCGGACGAGAUGGGGCUGGGCAAGACGAUCCAGUCGAUCGCCUUCCUGCAGGAGGUGCACGGCGCAGGUGUGCGCGGCCCUUACCUGGUGAUCGCGCCGCUCUCCACCAUCGCCAACUGGGAGCGCGAGUUCGGCACCUGGACGCACCUGAACACCAUCGUGUACCACGGCAGCCUGGCCAGCCGGCAGAUGAUCCAGCAGUACGAGAUGUACUGCAAGGACAGCAAGGGCCGGCUGAUCCCAGGUGCGUACAAGUUCGACGCGCUGAUCACGACGUUCGAGAUGAUCCUGUCGGACUGCCCCGAGCUGCGCGAGGUCCAGUGGCGCUGCGUGGUCAUCGACGAGGCGCACCGCCUCAAGAACCGGCACUGCAAGCUGCUGGACAGCCUGAAGCACAUGGACCUGGAGCACAAGGUGCUGCUGACGGGCACACCUUUGCAGAACACGGUCGAGGAGCUCUUCAGCCUCCUGCACUUCCUGGAGCCCUCCCAGUUCCCCUCCGAGGCCGAGUUCCUCAAGGACUUCGGCGACCUGAAGACCGAGGAGCAGGUGCAGAAGCUGCAGGCGCUGCUGAAGCCGAUGAUGCUGCGGCGGCUGAAGGAGGACGUGGAGAAGAACCUGGCGCCCAAGCAGGAGACCAUCAUCGAGGUGGAGCUGACCAACGCCCAGAAGCGCCUGUACCGCGCCAUCUUGGAGCGCAACUUCGCUUACCUGGCCCGGGGGGCGGGGCACGGCAACGUGCCCAACCUGCUGAACACCAUGAUGGAGCUGCGCAAGUGCUGCAACCACCCCUACCUCAUCAACGGUGCGGAGGAGCAGAUCGUGGCCGAGCUGAGGGCGUCGCUCCCGGCCCUCCCCGCCCCCGAGCUGGCGCUGCAGGCCCUGGUGCGCUCGGCCGGCAAGCUGGUGCUGCUGGACAAGCUGCUGCCGCGGCUGCGCGCCGGCGGGCACAAGGUGCUGGUCUUCUCGCAGAUGGUGCGCUGCCUGGACAUCCUGGAGGACUACCUCAUCCAGAAACGGUACCCGUACGAGCGCAUCGACGGGCGGGUCCGCGGGAACCUGCGCCAGGCCGCCAUCGACCGCUUCAGCCGGCCGGACUCGGACCGCUUCGUGUUCCUGCUGUGCACGCGGGCGGGCGGGCUGGGCAUCAACCUGACGGCCGCCGACACCUGCAUCAUCUUCGACUCGGACUGGAACCCCCAGAACGACCUCCAGGCGCAGGCGCGGUGCCACCGCAUCGGGCAGAGCAAGGCGGUGAAGGUCUACCGGCUGAUCACGCGGAACUCGUACGAGCGCGAGAUGUUCGACAAGGCCAGCCUGAAGCUGGGCCUGGACAAGGCCGUGCUGCAGUCCAUGAGCGGCCGCGAGGGCAGCAUCGCCGGGAUCCAGCAGUUCUCCAAGAAGGAGAUCGAGGACCUGCUGCGCAAGGGCGCCUACGCCGCCAUCAUGGACGAGGACGACGAGGGCGCCAAGUUCUGCGAGGAGGACAUCGAGCAGAUCCUGCUGCGGCGCGCCACCACCAUCACCAUCGAGAGCGAGGGCAAGGGCUCCACCUUCGCCAAGGCCAGCUUCGUGGCCUCGGAGAACCGCACGGACAUCGCGCUGGACGACCCCAACUUCUGGCAGAAGUGGGCCAAGAAGGCCGACCUGGACCUGGACCUGCUCAACAGCAAGAAUAACCUGGUGAUCGACACGCCGCGGGUGCGGAAGCAGACGCGCCACUUCAGCACGCUGCGCGACGACGACCUGGUGGAGUUCUCGGACCUGGAGAGCGACGAGGACCUGGAGCGGCCGGACCGGGCGGGGCGGGGCCGGCGGGGCGGGGCCCACCACGCUCACCACGGCAACCACCCGCCCGGCCACGCCCACGGGCCCCCGGCCGCGCCCCCCGCCCCGCCCGCCACGCCCUUCGGGAGGAGCGACUGCGUCCGGGUGGAGAAACACCUGAUGGUCUACGGGUGGGGCCGCUGGCGGGAGCUGGCGGCCCAGGGCCGGUUCAAGCGCCGCCUGUCGGAGCGGGACGUGGAGAGCCUGGGCCGGGCCAUCGUCCUGUUCUGCCUGCGGCACUUCCGCGGCGACGACGGCACGCGCGCCUUCGCCUGCGCCCUGCUGGGCCACGGGCACGCCAACGGGCGGGCACGGCCGGGCCCCGGGCACCACGGGGGGUUUGGUCACUGCCCGGCACGCGCGCCUUCGCCUGCGCCCUGCUGGGCCACGGGCACGCCAACGGGCGGGCACGGCCGGGCCCCGGGCACCACGUUUGGGGUGGGUUUGGGUCAGUUUGGGUCAGUUUGGGUCAGUUUGGGUCAGUCUGGGUCAGUUUGGGUGGGUUUGGGUGGGUUUGGGUCAGUUUGGGUCAGUUUGGGUCAGUUUGGGUCAGUUUGGGUCAGUUUGGGUCAGUCUGGGUGGGUUUGGUCAGUGCCCGGCACGCGCGCCUUCGCCUGCGCCCUGCUGGGCCACGGGCACGCCAACGGGCGGGCACGGCCGGGCCUCGGGCACCACGGCUCGCUGUCGCCGUCGCCGUCGCCGUCGCUGCCGCGCGGCCGCAAGGGCCGGAAGGCGCCGAAGGUUCCGGAAGCGCCGGGGGCCGAGUGGCUGCUGCAGGACGAGGGCUACCGGAAACACCUGCGCCACCAGGGCGGGAAGCUGCUGCUCCGUGUCCGCACCCUGCACUUCCUGCGGCACGAGGUGAUCGGGGACCAGGCCGAGCGCGUGCUGGCCGGGGCCAGCGCCAGUGACGUGCACUUCUGGUUCCCCGUGCUGGAGCAGCCGGAGGCGCCCUCGGCCUGGUGGGACCCCGAGGCCGACAAGUCCCUGCUCCUGGGGGUCUUCAAACACGGGUACGAGCGGUACCACACCAUGCGGGCUGACCCCGCCCCUGUGUUUCCUGGCCCGGGCCGGGGGUCCCGAGCCCACGGCCGUGGCGGGCCGAGCAGCGCCUGGAGGGGCCCGAGGGGGCCGAUUUCGACAGAGACCCCGAGGACCCCGAGUACAAACCCCCUGCAGGGCGGCGAGGAGAGCGACCCCCUGGCCGGGCUGGACGAGGAGAUCUCGGUGGUGGGACGGAGACGAAGGCCCGGCUGUGUCCGGCGCGUGGCCGCCCGUGCCCGGCGCUCACCGCUCGCUUCCGCCGCCUGA